AUGGCCGACGCAGCCGUGAACCGCUCGCACGUGCGCUGGCACAUUCUGCGCAUGGUGCUCGUCGACUUUGCCGCGCCCGUGGUCAUCUACAGCAUUGCGUCGUCGUACACGUCGGACGUGCUCGCGUUGCUUCUCUCGGCGAUUCCGCCGGCGGUCAACAGCGUUGUUGUUAUGGUGCAACAGCGGUCGCUCGACCCGAUCUCGUGUCUUGUUGUCGUCUCGAUCGCGCUUUCCGCAGCGCUCGCGGCCAUCACGUCCAACGCCAAGCUCCUCCUCGUCAAAGACUCGUUCUUGACCUUUGUGUUUGGCGUCGCCUUUCUCAUCUCGGUGGUUUGCGGCAAGGAGAACCUCAUCUGGCGCUACUACCGGCAAAUGGCCGGCCCCGACGCUACCUCGCACCUCGAUGCGAUGUAUGCCAAUGCUACCGUGCGCACGCGCUUGUGCGCCUCGUGCUCAUCUACCUCCUCCCGCUCCACGCGAUGGCCUACAUAUCGCCGACGUUGA